AUGGUUACCUUUGAUAUCGAAUUGAUCACUGAUCCAAUAUGCUCCUGGUGUUUCAUCGCCCAUCGAAGCGUUUUGAAAUCUUUACAGCUUUAUAAGAAGACCUUCCCCAAUGGCUCUGCCGACAACUUCAACUUGAUAUAUCGCCCUUAUUAUCUACUUGACCCAUCAACACCUUCUACCAACAAACAACAAUUUCAAGACAAGAUCAUGAGUCGCGAACGACAAAAUAUCACUUACACUCGCAUUAAGCAAAUGGGACGUGCUUAUGGCAUUUUCUUCAAUUUCUUUGAAGGAGAAAUUGGCGGGACCAGGGAGGUGCAUCGCCUGAUCCAUCUGGCGCAGACCAGAAAGAGUGCUAGCGUCCGAGACGAAGUUGUGGAGGGAGUUUCCAGGGCAUACCAUGAAAACGCGAUGAACGUAUCCGACUGGAAGAUUCUGCGGCAGAUUGCCCUUGAUGCUGGUGUUGGAGUUGAAGAAGUAGAUGAAUGGAGUGACAUGGACGCGGAUGUUGGCGGCCAGGAGCUGGAUCGGGAGGUUGAAAGAAUCAAGCAGGUUGUAACUGGCAGUGAUGGUAGUCAGCGCGGUGUGCCGGUCGUUAUAAUCCAGGGAAAAUACAGGAUUGAUGGGGCACCUGACGUUGGCGAGUUGUUGGAUAUUUUUGGGAAAAUCAGAAACGGAGAAAGUGUCGAAGGAGAAGGGAAUGGUUUCAUGUGUGAGAUUGGAUCCAAUAAAUGCUAG